AUGUCAACCCUUGAGACCGACGGUCUCUCCGUCACCCAUUCUUCUGAUCGCUCCGGAUCUCCGGAUCUGCGGCUGAUCCAUUACAAUGAUGUUUAUCAUGUCGAAGAGGGCUCCGCAGAACCUGUUGGCGGUGUCUCACGGUUUCAAUCCCUUGUAAACUAUUACCGCUCGCACGCGCACUUUGCCGGGCAACCCGAUAUCUUGACAUUCUUCUCCGGCGAUGCGUUCAAUCCGAGUAUUGAAAGUACAAUCACCAAGGGCAGACAUAUGGUCCCAUUCCUGAACACAGUGGGCACCGACGUCGCAUGUGUCGGUAAUCACGAUCUUGACUUUGGAGUGGCCCAAUUUCGCCAUUUGGCAAGUCAAUGCCAUUUCCCUUGGUUGCUCGCAAACGUUCUAGAUCCAUCAUUGGGAGAUGACAUCCCAAUCGCUGACUGUGGAAAGACCCGCAUGCUGACUUCAUCAAAUGGACUCAAGAUUGGCGUGUUGGGUCUUGGCGAACGUGAAUGGCUCGACACGAUCAAUGCGCUUCCGCCAGAUCUGAUCUACCAAUCUGCAUCUCAAACAGCCCAGAAACUUGCGAAACAGCUCCGAGAAGGUGGUGCGGACCUUGUUGUUGCUGUCACCCAUCAACGAGAGCCAAAUGACUAUAAAUUGGCAGAAAAUCUUACCCCUGCCCUGGUUGAUAUCAUUCUAGGGGGGCACGAUCACUUUUACGCCCAUGCCGUGGUUAAUGGGAUCCAUGUCAUACGAUCAGGCACUGAUUUCAAACAAUUGAGCUACAUUGAAGCUUUCCGCAAACCAAAUGGUCUCCCUGGCUGGGACUUCAACAUCACGCGGCGAGAUGUGGUUCGCUCUAUUCCCGAAGACCCCGAUACAGUGGCAAUGGUUGCCCGAUUGGGCGCUAGCCUCAAGGCCAAACUUGACAAGCCCAUUGGCUUUACGGUAAGCCCACUGGACGGUCGUUUCUCCACUGUGCGGCAACGUGAAUCGAACCUCGGCAAUUUCGUCUGCGACCUCAUGCGAUUCUACUAUGCAGCGGAUUGUGCCAUGAUGGCAGGUGGCACCAUUCGCGGUGAUCAAAUCUACCCGCCAGGGAUCCUCAAGUUAAAAGAUUUGUUGAACUGUUUUCCAUUCGAGGAUCCCGUGGUUCUGUUACGUGUUCGUGGUCAUGCACUGCUGGCUGCGCUGGAAAAUGGAGUAAGCCAGCUUCCCGCACUCGAGGGCCGAUUCUCACAAGUCUCGAACAUCAGUUACGGGUUCAAGUUGGAAGCACCGUCCGGAUCUAGAAUCACGUUCGCUCGGGUUGGCGGCCAGCCCCUUGACCUGGAGCGCGAUUAUGUUGUCGCUACGCGCGGAUACAUGGCGCGAGGGAAAGACGGGUUCACAUCCUUACUGAUUGAAGCAGAAGGAGGCGAGGUAGAAGAGCUUGUGAGUGAGGAAAACGGCGUGCUGAUAAGUACAAUCCUACGACAGUAUUUCCUGAGCCUCAAAGUACUCGGGAAAUGGAAUCGUUGGAGUGCCAGUCUCCGCCGCCAUUGGGGUACUGUGCACCGUAAUUUGCACGGCGAAGGCUGGUUGAAGCCACCUUCUGCUACUACAUCUCCCAAGAGCGAGAAAAAGGCGCCGGGAAAGAGACUGGAACGGCCUACACUUCAGCGGACAUCACGAGCAGCAUACUACUAUGGUCGAUUCCCCGAAGAAGUCGAGUCUCAGAGUCAGGAUACCACGGAGGUUGAGACGAACGGCAAUGCCAUGGACUCUGACUCCGAUGAGGAUCCAGACAUUCUGACUUCGUCGCGGCCAACCACCAACUAUGUCACUCAACCCGCGCGGUCCUCUGCCGAAGAAGAACAUCGUCUGCAAAUAGCGCGGCGGGUUGUCCGCAAGUGGAUGCGACACGCUGGGCUGCAGUCUAACAGUCUGAACACCAUGGACGGCGAAGGGGAGUUCACUCCGGCCUGGACUUCCGGUAUCUCUCCGCGACUCGAAGGGCGGAUUGUGCAAGAAUAA